AUGGCGGAAGAUUUCUUUCUCAGUGAGCCAGCCAUAAUAUCUGACCUCAUUUCUACCUGGACAUGGUUCUCAUACUACUUGACAUGCUUUUCUGCUGGUUAUUUCUGGCAUGACCUCUUGGAUAGGGCUUUAAACAACUUCUCUCUCUUCUGGUGCACCACAUACUUUGCUGGCCACAAUUCCUCCAAGCAUGCUUCAGGAAAAACCUUUGUGUCUAGCAACAGUGUGCAGGCCUUGUCGUUAGCUGUAGCUUCCCAGAAGUAUUUUGGGUUUGAUGUGUUCUCUCUGUUGUUUGAAGUAAAUAGUGUGUUCUUGCACUCAAGAAGACUUCUUAUAUUCCAUGGUUACCACCCGAACCAGAAACUGUAUCUUUUAAACAGCUUUGUAUUGUUUUUUACUUUUGUGGUGUUUAGAUUUUUUAGUACUGUUUGGGUGUCAUAUUUUGCACUAAUGAAACUGAAAGAAUAUUCAAUUAUUUCAUUUGGCUCUGUCAACACUAGCAAUGAUUUUUAUUACUGGUUUAAACAUUGGUUUAUUUCUGUCUUUAUGGAAAUCACAUAGAAGCAGAAAAAAGACAGAAUAGGUUAAAAGUGAUGUUAGUUUUUUUUUUCUUCUAAUUCUAGGCAGUGGUCAUGUGCAGAAGGGAUGUACUCAUUAGAUAUCAUAUGAAAAAGGAAUAAUAUUUCACAAUCCAUUUAUAA